AUGAGCUCUUCUCCCUCGACCUUCGCUGGUCUCCGGGAGCUUCUGACCGAUACGAACCGCGUCGUGAUUCUGGACGGAGGAUUUGCCACUGAAUUGGAAAAAGAUCCGCGUGUUGAUCUUAGCACCAGCGCCUUGUGGUCGGCGUCGCUGCUUCUGGAUCGGAAUCGGCACCUCCAGUCAGUGAUUGAGAAGGCGCAUAAGACUUACUUUCUAGCAGGAGCUGAUGUAGCCACUACUGCCAGUUACCAGGCGUCAGCCGAAGGACUGAAGCGCGAAGGUGUGACGAAGAUGGAGGAUAUCGAGAGGCUCUUUGCCAAGAGCACUGAUCUGGCUGUGCAGGCGCGGGAUGCUGCAUGGAAGGAGCUGGAUCAGAGCAAACGUAUCAAGCCGCUGGUGGGUGCAAGCAUUGGCUGCUACGGCGCUGCACUGGCGGACGGAUCGGAGUACCGCGGCGAGUACAACAAGAGCAAAGAAGAGCUUGUAACGUGGCACCGACAUCGCUUCGCGUUCUUUACGAACUACGCACACGCUGAUCUGUUGAUUUGUGAGACGAUCCCGUGUCUUGUUGAGGUGGCGGCAUUCGUCGACUUGUUGAACGAGUUCCCGACUGCUCAUGCUAUUCUUGCAGUGGCCUGUCACAACGGCACGGAACUCAACAGUGGCGAGCCGAUUGCUCAUGUCCCGAAGCUUCUGGCCAAGCUGAAGGAUCCGUCACAGCUGCUUGCUAUCGGCAUCAACUGCACACCGCCGCAGCACGUGGAAAGUCUUUUGCGCGAAUUGAGCUGUCCGUGGCCGAAGGCCGUGUACCCAAAUAGCGGAGAAGCAUGGGAUGGAGUGAACAAAGAGUGGCUUCCGGCCGAUAGCACCGGUAGUGCCAGCUCUUGGGAAGAGUUCGUUCCGAGAUGGUACGAUGCGGGUGCACGUUUCUUUGGCGGCUGCUGCCGUACGUCCCCUGACGACAUUCGCGCUAUCCGCGAGUACUUUGAGCGUCGUCAUCUAGUGUAA